AUGUCCUUUACCAGAGAAUCGAUUUCCGACUCAUCCAUUAACCACGUGUUGCCACCAAUCACCAUAUCUAGAAACGAUUACGAAGAGGUUGUUCGUGAAGCACCACCCGUUAUCCAAGAACAACGUGACAUCAAUUCUUCAUCGCGCAAUGACCGUGAUAAUAGUGAUAGCUAUAGUCAUACAAGUACACUUGGACUCCUGCCGUAUAUACCUAAUACAACAACGAUUGUCGACACAAAUUCAUCUGAUAUUACUUCACUACAUAAGGAACUUAAACGUGCUGAUGUCAUAUGCUUAGUCUACUCCGACCAUUAUACAUAUGAAAGACUAUCGUUGCAUUGGAUGCCUAUGCUCAGGUCUCUUGGAGUCAACUUACCAAUCAUUUUAUGUGCAAACAAGUCAGACUUGGCUCCGAAAUCAGCAUGGAAAAGUCAAGACAACGAAGAGUUUCUUCCCUUGAUCAAUGAGUUUAAAGAGAUUGAAGCCGGAUUACGAUGCAGUGCUUUGACUGGAUACAACAUAGUGGAAGCGUUUUAUAUGUGUCAAAGAGCAGUUGUGUAUCCAAUUUCGCCCCUUUUCGAUGCUAUUGAACACAAUUUGAGACCGCGAGCUAUUGAAGCACUCAGACGAGUGUUUUUCCUAUUUGACGCCGAUCAGGAUGGAUAUUUAAACUUUGAAGAAUUCAAUGAACUACAUAAAAAAUGUUUCCAAAAGGACGCAACCCCGGAGGACUUUGACGACAGUGUCAGUUACAUUAACUCCAAGAUAUUAUCUGAUGGAAAGAAUAAUGGCAUCAGCGAGGAUGGUUUUAUGCUACUACACAAAUUUUACGCCGAAGCUGGAAGACAUGAGACGACCUGGAUCAUACUACGAGCAAAUCAUUAUACAAACUCAUUAUCUUUAGAUGACAAAUUCCUAUAUCCUCAUCUCGAUGUGAAUCCCGACUCUAGUGUUGAAUUGAGCCCCACUGGGUACAAGUUUUUUGUGGAUUUGUUUCUAAAAUUUGAUCGCGACAAUGAUGGUGGAUUAAAUGAAGUUGAAGUUGAAAAUCUUUUCCAGCCAACUCCAGGCAUCCCCAAAUUGUGGCUAGAAACAAAUUUUCCAUCAUCAAUAGUAUGCAAUGAAGGUGGAUAUGUGACAUUACAAGGAUGGUUGGCUCAAUGGAAUUUGACAACAUUUUUAAGCUACAAAACCACAUUGGAGUACUUGGCGUAUUUGGGAUUUGACGAAGGUAAUUCAGUCAAGGCAUUAAAAGUGACAAAACCGAGAAAGACUCGACAAAAACAAGGCAAGAUCUACCGCGGUUCCGUUAAUGAUCGAAACAUCUUUUAUUGCUACGUCGUUGGAGCUCCCAAAGCGGGGAAGAGCUCGUUGCUAGAUCUGUUUUUGCACGGUUCAUAUAGCGAGAUGUACUCACCAACGAUCCAGCCACGUUUGGUUAUCAAAGAUAUUGAGUUGAGGGGAGGAAAACAGUGCUAUUUGAUAUUGGAAGAAUUGGGAGAGCUAGAGCCCGCUAUACUUGAAAAUAAAAAGAGACUAGAGGAGUGCGAUGUAAUUUGCUACACUUAUGACUCGUCAGAUCCCGAAAGUUUCCAAUACUUGGUGGAUUUACGACAAAAACAUGCCAAUUUGGACGAAAUCCCGUCAGUGUUUGCGGCAUUAAAGGCAGACUUGGAUAAACAACAACAAAGGUCAGAUGUGCAACCAGAAAACUAUACUCGAGACUUAUUUCUCAACUCGCCGUUACAUAUUUCUUCUUCUUGGACUUCGUCGUUACAAGAGCUAUUCAUACAAUUGGUAGAUGCAGCAAAGAAUCCAGCAAGUGCCACGCCAGGAUUGGAAACAGAAAAGGCUGUUGAUCAAGAGAAAACUAAACACUUGAUUAUGGCCGGUGGAGCUAUUGGAGUAAUGGCUUUAAUGUCCAUCUGGAUGUUAAACAAUAUGCGUCGUAGAUAA